AAGCCUCAAAGUGCAGAAACCAGCCAUUCCACCGCCCAAAUUCAAAAUUAACCAAACCCCCAAAUUGCAGAAACCAGUAGAAACCAACCGCGAAAUGGCUCAAGCCGCGAGGCUCAACCUCCGAAUGCAAAAGGAGCUCAAGCUUCUUCUCACCGACCCACCGCCGGGCGCCUCCUUCCCUCAACUCUCCGGCGACUCCGACAUCUGCUCUUCUUCUUUAUCAAGUAUUGACGCCCAGAUUGAAGGACCCGAAGAAACUGUAUAUGCCAAAGGGAUCUUUAAAAUUAAGAUCCAUAUACCUGAAAGGUACCCCUUUCAGCCUCCGAGUGUGACUUUUGCGACGCCCAUCUACCAUCCCAAUAUCGACACUGGAGGGCGAAUCUGCCUCGACAUUCUCAAUCUACCUCCUAAAGGUGCGUGGCAACCAUCUCUGAACAUUUCAACUGUGUUAACAAGCAUUGGGUUGUUAUUGAGUGAGCCCAACCCUGAUGAUGGCCUAAUGUGCGAAGCGAGCAAGGAAUACAAGUAUGACCGACAAGCUUUUGACCAGAAGGCACGAUCUAUGACUGAAAAGUAUGCCAAAGCUGGGGCUAGUGGGAACAGCAGCACCAGCAGCAACCAAAUCAUUCAAACAAAUACAAAUUCAAGCAUGAUGGACAUAAAAGGAAUGGACAUGGUUCCAAAACAUGACGUUCAUGAGUACACUGGCAGUCAUAGCAAGCUAAGUGGGAUUUGCCGGAAGUUGUCAUGGGAAUUCUCAGACUCAAUGCAGAACAAGGAAGUAAAUGAGGUACCUAAUCAGUGCCUGGAAAACCAGAUGGUAGUGAAACGACCAAAGAAAGAGCCCAAAGGUGGAGUGUAUGACUGCAAUCCAAGUCAUGAGAAGCUAUGCAUGAGCAGGCAGAAGUUAUCACUGGAAUCUAUGCGUGAAACUAAGAAGAGAGAUGGUGGUGAUGACAAAGAAAAUGAGGUGCCAAAUUACAGCUCAUCACUCUUGAACUCCCAAAGCCCUUCUGUGGCUUCAAAAUCAUUGCCAGUUCCUCCUACUAGCAACCAUUAUGAGCAACAACCUCAACAGGAUCAAGACAAUAAACCUAUAAAUGACUACUUAAGCAUUGGUUCAGGGAAGCCUCACUGGAUAUGUCGGAAACUAUCAUUAGAAUCUUCAAAAAUGUCCAAUGUAGAUGAUAGUAAUGACAAGAAAAUUUCUGGGUCCCCUCAACUAUCAUCCUCCCAGAUUGAAUCCAAUGUCUCACACAAGGCCUCACCAAUUCUCCAGACUGUUAACCAUAAUGGUUUGCGGAUGAAUAAGGGCUGUAUAGAUGGGACAGGACAUGAAUUUACCAACACAAAGCUGAAGAAGCCGUGUUCCUCUGGUAAGAAGCUUUCUCUGGGACUCUCAGGCUCAUCAAAGACAGAGGAAAGUGAUAAUAAGGAGAAUUUGGUGCCAACUCAUGAAGUGCCCCUUUCACACCCUAAAGGCCCUUCUAUGGAUUCAUCGAAGUCCUCCCUUAUGCCCCAAGCCGGUGAAUGCUAUGACUGGAAAUCAGAAAGAUGUAUAAUAAAUGCCAGCAGUAAGAAGUGCAGAAUUGGUCAGAAGGCAAUGGAACCUCUGGGUCAAUGGCAAAGGAGCAAUGAGAAGCAGCAAUCCCUCUCCAUACCUCAAAUCUAUAAGGAUGGUGAGAAGCAGCAAUCCAAUGAAGAUGAAGGUGAAGCUGUGGAUGUCUCUGGAGCAGAGGAAUCACCAAUGCCUGAAACCAUCAUCGUCUUGGAUAGCGAAGAUAGCGAUGAGGAAAGGAAUGUAUCUCAAAGGUCUAGAUUGCCACUAGCAUGCAAGCGCUUGGCGGGGAAGUGGAGAGCCAAAGCAUGAAGGCCACACUGUUCUCAAAUGUCUUCUUCAUAUUUCAACUUUCAAGUGAUAGAGGUUGAUUUUUCUUUUGCUUUUCUCUUUAUAAUACUAUAGCUACUAGGAUUUCAAGAUUGAUA